CCCGCGGAGGGGUGUAAACAGGCCCGGUGGCGGCCGAGCUGCGGGCCUGCUGCAUCCUGGUGUCCGGCAUGCUUCGGGCGCGCCGGGGCGGCCCCGCCGCGAGCUCCGCGCCCACCUGAGCUUUAGGUCCAUGGCCCAAAAUGACUCUACCACUGGAGACUCUCUUCAGUAAAGAAGACAACCAGACAGGAGGCUGGGAUGAGCAUGCCACUGCAUCAGAUCUCUGCCAUUCCAACCCAGGAUGCCACCUCUGCUAGAGUCUACAGAAGUAAGACCAAAGAAAAGGAGAGGGAAGAGCAGAAUGAGAAGACUUUGGGACAUUCCAUGAGUCAUUCAAGUAACAUUUCUAAGGCUGGGGGUUCUUCGUUGGCGUCGGCUCCGGUGUCCGCCUUCCCUCGCUCUUCUGUCACACCGUCCAAUCAGGACAUCUGCAGUUCCAGUGCAGUGUGUUCUGAGUGUUGUCACCAAAGUCCCGUGCAGUCUGCCGUUGUCUUGAAAGCUCCUCCCUGCCAGAGUUCUCUGACACAAGGGCUCACUGUGACAGUUAUCUGUAAAGACACAUUGUCCAAGAGAAAUUCCUGUGGUUCAGAAUGGGCCCAGGCCUUGAAGCCUGUUGACAAUACUAAAGCCAGAAGAACACUAAAGUUCUCAAAAUCCUUAAACGAUGUGGGCGAGAGGGCCCAGGAUACUGUGGAAAGUUUUGACUAUGUGGAAAGAACUUGCUCCGAAGGGAAACUGAUACUCCCUCCAGAUCCGGGUCUGAGAAUUAACAGGUUCCACCAGAAGGAAAAAAGAGCACUGCAUCGCAAACCUCUUGGCAAUUCCAAACAUUCUUGUGUUUCCUCCCUUUCUGUCAAUCGGUCAACUGCCUCAGAGGUGGAAGCUGGCAAGGGGGGCAUGCAUGUCCCUCUUUUGGAGGAGAAAGCAGAUGGCGAAGCCGUGUCCCAGAGCCGGCGACUGCUCCGGUACCUGUUCUCGCUCUCGCAUGGCUUGAGCACCCACAGCCUGCACAGGUUCCAUGAGCUGGAGAACCGUGCCGCCCGUCUGCACACCGCCAAGUCCUCCAGCGGGCUGGCAGGGAGCACGGGCUUCUGCUCGGAUGAGAUGGGAGACGACGAUGUCUUUGAGGACAGCACAUCUGCAAAGUGGAAAAGCAAGGUCCUGCGGGCGCCCCUCUGCUCAGUGGAGAAGGACAGUGACCUGGAUUGUCCUUCUCCCCCCUCUGAAAAAUGCCCCCCGAUCUCUCCUGUGUCCACGUCAGGGGAUGCCUGCAGGAUCUGCCACUGUGAAGGGGAUGAUGAGAGCCCUCUGAUCACCCCCUGCCGCUGCACCGGGAGCCUGCACUUCGUGCACCAGACCUGCCUGCAGCAGUGGAUCAAGAGCUCCGACACGCGCUGCUGUGAGCUCUGCAAGUACGAGUUCAUCAUGGAGGUCAAGCUGAAGCCUUUGCGAAAAUGGGAGAAGUUGCAGAUGACGGCCAGUGAGCGCAGGAAGAUCAUGUGCUCAGUGACAUUCCAUGUCAUCGCCAUCACCUGUGUGGUCUGGUCCUUGUAUGUGCUCAUCGACCGUACCACUGAGGAGAUCAAACACGGACAGGCAACAGGAAUCCUGGAGUGGCCUUUUUGGACUAAACUGGUGGUUGUGGCCAUCGGCUUUACCGGCGGACUUCUUUUUAUGUAUGUUCAGUGCAAAGUGUAUGUACAAUUAUGGAAGAGACUCAAGGCUUAUAACAGAGUAAUCUAUGUUCAGAACUGUCCAGAAACAAGCAAAAAGAAUAUUUUCGAAAAAUCUGCACUAACAGAACCCAACUUUGAAAAUAAAGAUGGACAUGGAAUCUGUCAUUCUGACACAAACUCUUCUUGUUGGACAGAACCUGAAGACACUGGAACAGAAAUCGUUCAUGUCUGAUUUUGUGCCGGGGUUAGUUUUCCUGGACAUCGAAGAACAGCUGAAGGAAAUUGUUUACUGCCAAUUGUGUACCUUUCCUUACGUCCUUUAAUAGCAUAGACCGGGCAGGUGACUGUUUCAAAGGCUUCUCUUUUUCUAACCCCUCCUUAGUGAAUCUUCUGGAAAGCCCUUACAUUGGCUGGGCACGGCCGGGUUCCACUUCUGCCAGCAUUCCCACGGGAAGGGAGGUCCCCGUGAUGCCACGUGAUGGGGAGCUGGCUGGGCUCUGGCUCAUGAGACCUUGAGCAGAAUGAGAGAAUAAAAUGCCCAACUUGAGGGAAGAGCAGGAGCAGGGUGGCACCCUGGCCUCUCCCGGUUGGCAGUAGCCCCCACCCUGGCACGGAGUGUUUGGGACUGUCUAGCAGCCAUGAUGAGAGGAUUUCCCUCAUCACCAAGAAGAGCCCGGGAGCUGAGCCCCCUCUGCCGACACUGCUGCUGGCCGUUUUCCAGAGCAGAUGGGGCUGUGGUGCUCUGUGCGUGGUGGCGAGGGAUUCACUAAGCAAACAGCACUUUACAAAGAGAGAAUCUUUAUUUUGUAAUAUGUGUGUCCAGUGGGAUGGACAUUUAAAAGAACGUCUCAUUUAGAAUCCUUCCUUUCAUGAUCUCUUUUACGUUAUAAUAGAUCUAAAACCCUUUUUGCCUUAUAUAUUCUAAGAAACCUGACAUCUGCUCUGUGUGCAUCAGAGGGACUUGUGGGUCUAAAGCAGGACAAACAGAUCUGAGGCUUUUUCCUAACAUUUCAUGGAAAUGAAUGGAUGCCAGAUGGCAAUUUGAGCCCAAUUCCUGUGGUUUCAAGCCUAUUUUAUGACAAGUCUUUAUGUCAUGGGCCUGCCCCAAACAUUUCUUUUUGGACAACACUGAAAAAGAAGGUUGUGUGAGAUCUAAAUGAAAGGAAGGAAGUGAGUAAUUAGAACAAAAAUGAAUAUUUAAAAUGACUUCUUUCCAGACAAAGCUCUCCAGUUUGUGCUGGCUUCACCAAAAGCGUAAGUGUGUGCCGCCCUGGUCUGGGGCUCGGGAACCAGGGGUGCUCUUGGGUGCCUGCCACCUUGCACGGCCUCUGAUCCUGGGGAGGUCCUGUGGGUCACUGGCCCGGGCAGAGAGACAGACGGGCUGGCCCUGGGACAAAGGCCAGGAGUGAGCAGCCAACUGCCAGGGCCCACGGUCACUGCCCCCAGCCCCGCCUCUACCCAUGUAUCGCCUUAACUGGACUGGACAGAGAGGAUCCUUGUGGUCAGUUCGUUCUAUCAUCAGGGAUUAUCUCCUGUACCAUUUUCAUAAGACAAAACCAAAAUCCCUACCAUCAAAUGGCCUUUGUCCCUUUAAAGUCUGCUUAAAAUUCUAUUUUUAAAAAUGGGUUUUACUUUGCCGGGUAAAUAGGAGUUAACUCCAGGAAAAUAGGUCAGGAGGGUCCGCAGUGUCACAGGAGUGUGCCCAGGUACUUACUCUCCAGGUGACUCUGCAUCUGUAGAGCCUCCUCUAAGGGGAAGGAUGCCUGGGGGUCCUGCCCUCAGUCCCCUGAGCCUUAGGUGCCUUGCCUGUCUUGUUAAGAGGAUGAAGCAAACACAAGACGAUCCCUUUGCCUUUCAGAGUAGAAGUGCUCUGGUUUGUUUGGAAAGCCAGGAGGAGGCUGAAGCGUGUCUGAGCUCUGGGGGAGGGCGCGUGGUAGCAGGCUUUGCCCUGCCGUCUCUUCCCAUGCGGUGUCUGAUUCGUCGGCAUCACAGACUCUGGUCUGAGGAGCUGCCGCACCCUACCGUGGCCUUCCUCUGGCUGGGCAGACGCUGUCCAGCCAUGGCCAGCCCCUGAAAAUAGGUCAGCCUGCUCUCUCUCUCCGUCUCCCAGGCCGCAUCCAGUCCGUGCCUGUGUUCACUGUGCCCCAAAGUGCAAUUACCCACACCCUUUCUCAGCCUGCGGAUGCCAGGCAGCUACGCUGUCUACUCAGGGGAGCCGAGACCUGGGCCAGCCCUGCCUGUGUCCCUUAGGAGCUGCCCAGGCAAGACCCCUUGUGCCUGCCCUCUUACAGCAGAUGAGUAGUCGUGUGAAGACUGGGAUCGAUUUUUAAGUGGGAUUCCUUCCCUCUCCCUGAUGGAACCCCUUACACUGAACUUGAAAGUCACUGAGACUUCUGUAGAGAGGAAAGUGUGCUUAGGUAGGGAUAGCCUCUGGGCAGCCCACCUCUCAUGGCUGGUACCCCCUAUGGCAAAGGUGCCUUUAUAACCAUGACUGCUGUGUUGCUCUCCUGUGAAACCCUCCCUUCUUUUCAGGAAGGCCUAACACCAUCUCAUCACCUCCACCAAGCUCCUAAAAAAAAGCCUUUUGCCUGGGGACAGUCCAUCCCACAUCCUUCUUUCCUCUCCUGGGAUGGCACACAGAUGCCCCCUUGCCUUUCUCUUUUCUCAUAGGUUCUAGUUGAGCACCUCUGACUCCAUCCCUAGUCCCGGCUGUAAUCUCUACCCCCCAGAGACGGACCGGGAAGCCAGAAGCCCUGGAAAGGUGGUACUGUGCUGCCAUCUAGUGGGGGCUGCGGGUCUGCCAGGGGUUCCUUUAGGCCGCAGCAGCUUGCCUUCUAGUUUUUUUGGGGGGGACAUUUAUUCCCGUUUCCCCCUCAUUCUGCACGUGGCUUUGGUGGAGGACAACACUUGGCUGAACCAGAAAUGUGGGAUGAGCUGCUGGUGGGUCUCAGGGCCCAGAGGGCUGGUACUUGGGGACCAGGCCAGGCGGGAGGGAAGUGGCCUCAGGGCCGUUGCCAGCCAGCCCUCUCUCAUUUGGCCUCUAUUCCCUCAAAAGUUCGUUUGGCUCGAGCGCUUCUGACUUUGGCUGCCAGCAGGAAUUUGGUUUUUGUGCCUGAGUUGAUACUAAGAAACCUGGAAACUAUCAAGCUGUGCUCCGGACCUCUACCAUCUCCUCCUUUUCUGCCUCAUUCCACUCUUUUCAGUCUCCUGGGUCUAGUUCUCAACCUUGCUGGCAUGCCCUGCCUGGUUGCAGACACAGGCCACAGGCAGUGGGCCAGUCCUGGAGCCGUAGGUGGGGCCGGCAUGGCUGGGGCUACGUCCGCUGCCCGGUGGGGUGGCUGCUGGAGGCGGCCUGGGAACGGCAGGGCUGAGGGCCGCAAUGCUGUGCGUUUGGCCUGAUGCAGAGACACUUCUUGAGUACUUUCCCUUUUGAAUCUGAUUUGAAAUAUGCAGCUUCCCUCUCCAGCCCAAGGAAAGACCGAAACAUAGGGAAAUAAAAGCAUUUAUCUUUGUUUUGGACGUAAUUAAGUUGUGCAGCUCUUCACCUAUUUAGAUGCAGUGUUUAUAGAAAGCUGAUUGUUAAUAAAAACCAAAUUUACACUGGCAUGUGUGACGUAGUUUCUAAAAGGCACUUCACAUUUGAAGAUUUUCUUAACUUGCAGAGUUUCUGGUUAUCUAAAUGUCUGGUUUUGUAUCCUUUUGUGUAUGUUCACUUUCUCAGUAUUACCACUUGAAUCAUUCUCCGGGGGGGGGGGUUGUUUGUGUUAUACACGGGGUGUCUAAUUGCAGCAAUAAAGCAUCUCUUUAAAAGGGGA